UGAGGUGUCUCAGCAGCACUUUGGUUCAGAGCCUUUGAAGGCGCUGAGGUUGAAGUUAGCGUCAGUUCAAACUCUCUCCAUGACUCUGUAUGUUUUGUUUUUAACUUGAUCUAUUCUCUUCUUCUUCUUCCUGGACUUUACCUGAAACCGCUAUGGGAGUACUCCGGUUGUUGCCGGCCUGUCAAAGGAUUUUUAAAGUUCCUGAAGUGUAAGGAGGAGAAAAAAAAGAAAAGAAACAGAUAUUCCUGGAAGAGUCGCCUAACUGGACCUGGGGUGUGAGGAUCUAAAUGGAGGCACUAAAGAUGACAACUGUUGGAGCGACUCUCCUUACUUUAAUAGCAGUCCUCCUCCACAUGGUGAGCUGUCAGGGGAGUAUAGCAAAAGGAAAAGACAGCUCACCGCUAAAGUUCACACACCAUCUCUACAACGCUACCAUCAAUGAGAACUCUGCCCCGCGGACUUACGUUGAGACGCCAGUAAAGAUGGGCAUUGAAGUGUCAGAUCUGUUCUGGGAAAUUGAUUUUAAUGUCGUCUCAGGUGAUGAUGACAGCCUUUUCCAAGCAGAGGCAGUGAAAGUCGGAGACUUCCGCUUCCUCAGGAUCAAAACACGCAGCAGUAACUCAGCACAACUCAACAGGGAAGUUAGAGACACUUACACUCUCACUGUAGAGGCAACUGAGAGAGCUUUUGACUUCCAGACGAAGACAAAGGUGUUCAUCCAGGUGCUUGACACCAACGACCUAAAGCCUCUCUUCUAUCCUGCCUCGUACAACGUCGCCAUCAGUGAGGACACUCCACUAAAGUCGAGUGUGGUGCGAGUCAGCGCUACGGAUGCCGACAUUGGGAGCAGUGCUGAGUUUUAUUACACCUUCACCAGCAGAGCUCAUCCUUUUGUCGUCGACCCUUUCACAGGCACAGUCAGUCUUGUCAAAAGGCUCAAUCACACCCGGGCAGAGAGAUACGACCUUACUGUUUUAGCUGAGGACAGAACAAAGAAGAUAUCUGGGGUUCAGAAAUUUGGGAAUGUUGCCAGGGUUACAGUAAAUGUACAGAAGAUGUCCACUUCAUUCCCAGUUAUUAAACCUCUCCCAAAGCCCACAUUCUCUACAGAUGGCAAAAUAACUAUCAAUGUCCAAGUGGAGGCAGGAGUUAAACCUGUGGAAUCCCUCAGUAUUGUUGCAGGGGAUCCCCACAAGUGCUUUGAGAUAAUCCCCUUAGGUGUGCGUGGAAGUGACUUCCAAGUGAUCUCCACAAAGAGGAUUAUCUGGUCUCAAACUCCUUUUGGGUUGAAUCUGUCCCUUCAAGCUAAAGAUAGGAGUUCACCAAGUUUACUCUCUCGAAUUACACAAAUCCAUGUACCGGCAUAUCGUUACAGCCCCUUGGCAUUUCUUGAAGACACCUACAUUGUCACACUGAGUGAGUUUUCACCCCUGAAAACUCAUGUAGUUAAAGUUUCCGUAAACUCAGUAACUCAAAAUGUGACCUUUGGUAUCAAGAAUAAUCCAGACAGCACUAAAUUCAAGAUUAAUCCUAAAACAGGAAUUAUCAUAACCACAGAGAAAUUUGACUACGAGAGAAAGAGUCGUUAUGAGUUUGAUGUAGUGGCCAAUCAUGGUGAAGCUGAGACCCACAUAGUGGUUGAGAUAACUGAUGAAAACGACAAUAGCCCAGAGUUUACCCAAACCUCGUAUCAGGCCACGCUGGAUGAAAACAUCCCUGUUGGCAGCAGUGUUUUGAAAGUAUCAGCCACAGACAAAGAUCAAGGCAAAAACGGAUUUGUGACUUAUUCUAUUGCCAACUCAGGCCCCUUACCUUUCACAAUAGACCCCUUCACUGGAGUCAUUUCAACGUCUGAGCACUUAGACUAUGAGUUAAUGAAACGGCGGUACCACCUGAGGGUUUGGGCCUCUGACAGCGGCAGCCCCUUCAGUCAGGUCAGCGAAUGCCCCGUGACAAUAACCCUGAACAACAUCAAUGAUAACUUCCCCCUGUUUGAGAGGGUAGGCUGUAAUGCCACUGUGCCUCUAGAUUUACAUGUGGGAAAAACAAUUGCAGAGCUGUCAGCCAUUGAUUUAGAUGAGCUGCAGCAGCUGAGGUAUAUCAUCGAGUCUGGAAAUGAGCAUCAAAUAUUCAGUAUCGACUCAGUGUCAGGAGUCAUCACCCUAAAACAACCGAUUCCCCUGGGGUCAGGUUCCUUCACUUUUAGAGUUGUAGCUACAGAUGGCAAGCAUCAUUCUGAAGUUUCAGUCAUCAGGAUAACAGUGACUAACAGGGGCGAUGACGCAACGCUCCACUGCCGGGAGACAGGCAUUUUCAAACAGCUGACCGAUAAGCUCAUAGAGUCAAUCAAACCCAUUUUGACCAGUCAAGAGGAAGACACAUACUCUGAUAUUCACAUCACCAACCGACAUUCUCCAAAGUUUGAUCUGAGCAUCCCGGGUUCAAUUGACCUUGUUGAAGACCAUCCACUGAAUUCAACCAUUGUUCAGUUCAAGGCGACAGACUCCGACACUGGGUUUAACAGUAAACUCGUGUACGCCUUAUCAAGUGGGAAUGAGGAUGGCUGUUUCUCCAUUGACACUUUCUCUGGUGACCUUCAGUUAGUGUGCCCGUUAGACAGAGAGAGUAAAGAGUUCUACAUUCUGAACAUCACUGUCUUUGAUUUGGGCAUGCCACAAACAUCUGCAUGGAAGUUUGUUGCCGUGAAUGUCAUGGACAUCAAUGACAAUCCUCCUGUUUUUGACCAACACAGAUAUGUGACACGUGCGUCUGAAAACACUGAGCCAGACUCUAUUAUUUUUACAGCUCGGGCAAUGGAUCCAGAUUUAGAUGCAAGCGGUACUAUCAAAUACUCCCUACUGUCAUCAACAGAUAUGUUUAGAAUUGAUGAACUGACUGGUGAAGUGACGGUGACAGGUCGUUUAGAUCGAGAAACCUCACCAAGGCAUGACCUCUGGAUUGAAGCUAGAGACCAAGCGAAAGUCGGCCCCCAGCUGUUCUCUAUGAUUGACCUUGUGGUAAUUUUGCAGGACAUAAAUGACAACCCACCCAAGUUUUCCCCAAAAGUAUACAAAGUAAAAGUCCCAGAGGAUGUACCUGUAGGAACUGUCCUGGUCUGGGUUGAGAGUGUCGACUUGGACCUGGGCAGCGGAGGCCUAGUCACCUACAAUCUGAAGAAUACAGAGAGCGGGAUCUUUCAUCUUGACCCCGCCACCGGCGCCUUGACCCUUGAGAGGGAGCUGGACUUUGAGAGGAGGCCAGUUUACAACCUCACUGUCCGGGGUGUGGAUCAUGGCCUCCCUCGCUCCCUCUCAUCCUCCUGCUUUGUAGAGAUUCAGGUCUUGGAUGUGAAUGAGAACCUCCACAGACCUGUGUUUUCAGAGUUUGUGUAUGAAGCUGGAGUUAUGGAGGAUGCAGCAGUGGGGACAUCUGUGGUCACACUUAAAGCCACAGACAAGGAUCAGGGACGAGAUGGGGUCGUGAGGUUCCACAUCCAUGAAGGUUCUGGUCUUGGAGUGUUCACCAUUAACGAGGAAACAGGUGUGAUUCGAACAACGGAGACAUUGGACCGGGAGAUAAGGCCUCACUACUGGCUUUCUGUCUAUGCCACUGAUCUGGGGACUGAGCCUCUGAUCUCCUGGACUCACGUCUUCCUGGAGGUCCUGGACGUUAACGAUAACGCUCCAGAGCUUUCACAGCCGGUCUAUUUUGCGUCGGUCCAAGAGAACGUGGACAAAGUGAAGUCGGUCGUGCAGGUAUCUGCCACAGACGUGGACACUUCCUCUGCGGGAAAGCUGACCUUCCAGAUGCUGGAAUCUCAUCAGACGUACUUUGGCGUGGAUGCCAAAACAGGUGUUAUCAGGACUCACUCAGCGCUGGAUCGGGAGGAUAAGGCGGAGCACACUGUCGAGGUCAUCGUCUCUGACAAUGGAACGCCUUCUUUGAGCUCCACCGCCACCGUCGUGAUCCGAGUUCUGGACGCAAACGACAACCGGCCAAAAUUCACUGACAAGCUCUUCCACGUCACGCUGCCUGAACAGCUGCACCGGGCCGGUAAACGGGAAGUGUGCAGGAUGGUCGCCCACGACGACGAUGAGGGCUCGAACGCCGUGGUCACCUACAAGCUCCAGGACAACAAGGACGCGCGUUUCGAGAUCGACUCGGUGACUGGUGUAGUGACGGCGCUCGGGGAUUUCUGGCCUCGAAACUACAGUAUUCUCACGAUUAAAGCGACAGACCAGGGCAGCCCAUCGCGCUCCUCUACAGCGAGACUUGACAUCGAGUGGAUCGCCCUCCCGCCGCCCUCUGCCGAGCCGAUCACAUUCGACGAGCCCAACUUCACCUUUGCCGUCAUGGAAACGCAGCCCCUCACUUACAUGGUGGGCAUCAUCAUGACCGAGACGCACCGGCAGAAGUGGUUCGAUAUCACAGGUGGUGAUGAGGAAAAGGACUUUGACAUCCAGAGGAACACAGGAACCAUCUCGAUCGCCCGUCGUCUCGAUGCAGCUCGACGCUCCAACUACAACAUGACGGUGCGAGUCACUGAUGGCCACCACAGUGCCACAACACAGGCCUAUAUCCGUGUGCUGGACAUGAAUGAUCAUCGCCCUGUCUUCCUGAAGCAGCUGUACGAGGUGAGGGUUCCUGAGGAUACUUCCCCCUGGAAGGACAUCCUGCAGAUCAGCGCUGUGGACGCCGACACCAACAGCAAACUGGUUUACUCCAUCCACAGCAGCCUCCACCCUGACAGCACCAAGCUCUUCCACCUGGACCCCAAGAGUGGAGUCCUCGUGAUGACCGAGGAGCUCGACUACGAGAAGAUCUCCGUUCAUACGCUCAUCAUCAUGGUGCGUGACGAGAAGAUCCCAGUGAAGAGAAACUUUGCGAAGGUGGUGGUUCACGUGGAGGAUUGUAACGACCACUCGCCGGCAUUCCUCAGUCCCCGGUACGAGGCCAGCAUCUCCAACCUGGCCCCCACAGGCUCCGAGGUGAUUCGGGUCAAGGCCCUGGACAAGGACAUGGGCAGCAAUGCCGACAUCAGCUACUCUCUGCAUUCUGGGAACAUCGACAACAUCUUCUCCAUUGAUCCAGAGUUGGGCUCCAUCAUUGUGUCCAAACCUUUGGACAUCCAGCCUCAGGACACAUUCCACCUGACGGUUAAAGCCACUGAUCAGGGCUUCCCUCAGCGCAGCGACCUCUGCUCUAUUCACGUCCACAUCAGCAUCUCCGAGCACACCCCGCCUACCUUCCCCUCUGAUGAAUACCUAACAGAGAUCAGUGAAUUAAGCAGCCUUGGAACUCCAGUUGUCACCAUCUCAGCCUCUAGCCCUGGUGCAGUGCAUUAUGGGAUAGAAAGUGGCAACCCAAAUGGGACAUUUCAAAUCAACCCCUCCACUGGGUUGAUUUUAGUCCAAAAGCACCUUGAUUUUGAGAAUGUGGCCUCCUACAAGCUCAAAGUUACAGCUUCAACAACUGUGGGAGCCUCUUCAAAGACUGUUGUGUACAUCUAUGUGAUUGACGAGAAUGACAAUGCUCCUGUUUUUCAGCAAAGGGAGUACCUGGGGCAAAUUAGUGAGUCCGCUCAUAUCAACAGCAUGAUUAUGGGAGACAGAAACAUCCCUCUGGUCAUCAAGGCUUCAGAUGCAGACAAAGAUUCAAAUUCUCUGCUGGUGUAUCAGAUCCUUGAACCAGAGGCCCUGAAUGUCUUCAAGAUAGACCCAAGUAUGGGCACCAUCUCUUUAAUUUCACCAGUUGACUUCGAAACCAAGGCUGAGUACCACUUCACUGUACAGGUUAAAGACUCAGGGGAGCCAUCACUGUAUGCAGCAGAGCCUGCCAAGGUCACUGUUCGUGUCCUGGACCUGAAUGACCGCCCACCACAAUUCACCACCCCAGUGUAUGAGCCAUCUAUCAUCUUCCCAGCUGUCAGAGAUACGGAGGUUGUGCGCGUCAUGGCCCAUGACGCAGACUCAGCAGUCUCAUACAGCAUCGCCGAGGGGAAUCUUCACAAUGCCUUUUCAAUUCACCCCAAUACUGGACUUAUCACUGUGAGAAAUGUGUCUGAAUUUAGACCAUUUUACCAACUAGUUGUCAAAGCCUCGGAUAGCCUCUACAAAGACUUAGCUACUGUAAAGGUAAAUGUGACAAACCUAACAGCCAGUGAUCUUAAAUUUGAGAAAAGUGUAUAUCUAGCAAGUGUUACUGAAAACCUAAAGACAGUCAAAACUUUGGCAGCACUCACAGCGACAGGCUGUUAUUUAAAUGAGCCUCUUUUGUAUUCUGUGCUAAAUCCAACCGGGAAGUUUGUGAUUUCCCAUACAUCCGGCAUACUUGAGACAACUGGUAUCCCUUUUGACCGAGAGGAACGUGAUAUUUAUGACAUAAUUGUGAAGGUACAAGACAUGAGAACACCACCAAGGACAGCUAUAACCCAGGUCAAGGUUUUUAUAGACGAUGUCAAUGACAACUCUCCACAGUUUCUGAACUUGCCUUUUUCAAUGAUGAUUUCUGAAACCUCUGACCCAGGUGAUGUUUUGUAUCAAGCAACUGCCCAAGACAGAGAUCUUGGAGAGAAUGGAUCCAUUAUGUACUCAAUAGAGGAGGACUACGACCUCUUCAGGAUUGAUCCUGAUGUAGGGGAUAUAUCUCUUAAAAGACCUCUUGAUUUUGAAGCUCUAAAUAAGUAUGUGUUGACAGUCCUGGCCAUAGAUGAGGGUGAGCCUAGUCACAUCACAGCGGCAGAGCUCACUAUUCAAGUGAGGAAUCAAACCAACCCGGUUUUCCAGACUCUUCUGUAUCCACUAAAAGUCCCAGAAAAUGUCCCUCCAUUCACUACUAUCUUGCACGUCCAGGCUAGAAAUCCAGAGGGCUACCGGCUCAUCUACAACCUUGAGGAGGAAAAUGCUUCAAAGCAUUUCCACAUUGAUUUCAAAACUGGUGUGCUGACUGUCACCAACCCCCUGGACUAUGAAAGUCAAACCAUGCAUAUGUUGACAGUACGAGCGUCUGACUCUGUGACUGGAGCUUUCUCUGAAGCUUCCAUUGAAAUUGAAGUGGAGGAUGUGAACGACAAUGCACCAGUUUUCUCAAAGGUAACAUACUCCAUUGAAAUACCUGAAGGACUUCAAAUUGGCACUUCAGUGAUGCAACUUUUUGCCUCUGAUAUGGACUCUGGCAGAAACAAAGAACUUACCUUUCAGGUUGUGAAAACCGACACCAAUGAGACUGAGUACUUUGAGAUAGACCCCCAUAGUGGGUUGAUAGUCACAAAACAGGUGCCGGACCAUGAAACCACAAAACACUUUAAUUUGAAAGUCAAAGUCACAGACAAUGGCACUAUUCCUCUCAGUAGUGAAGCCUAUGUCUUCAUAAAUGUCACAGAUAUCAAUGACAAUCCACCAGACUUUGUGACUUCACAGUAUGAAGCCACACUGGAUGAAACAGCGAAGUGUGGCCACAUCGUCAUCAAAAUCCAAGCUUCAGAUCCCGACACUGGUGAUCUAAACAACCUCAAGUACAAAAUCCUUUCUGGGAACGAAGGCCGGUACUUCAACAUCAACGAAUCCUCAGGAAUCAUCUCUUUUUCUAAUGUGUGUAAGAGGAAUCUGGAUCCAUACUAUAACCUGACAGUGGCGGUAUCUGAUGGAGUGUUUCAGAAAACAGCACCUGUCAAUAUUGACAUGAUAAACAGCAACAGACAUAGUCCAUACUUCAAGCAAAAUGUCUAUGAAGCAGAGCUGGCUGAGAACGCUGAGGCAGGAACUCGUGUGAUCCGAUUGGCAGCCAUUGACCCUGACGAUGGGCCAUACGGCAGUGUAGAUUACACCAUCAUAAACAAACUUGCUGAUGAGACGUUUGCCAUCGACAGUGAUGGGCAGAUAAUUACAACACAACCAUUGGACAGAGAGAGCCCUGCCCAGAGAGUCAUAGCUAUCAAAGUCAUGGCAAAAGAUGGCGGAGGAAAAGUUGCCUUUUGCACAGUCAAGAUUAUUCUCACAGAUGAGAACGACAAUGUUCCUCAGUUUAAAGCAACAGAAUACCAAGUUUCUAUUCAGUCCACUGUAAAUAAAGGCUCUCCAGUCAUUCAAAUCGUGGCUUAUGAUGCAGAUGAUGGCAAGAAUGCAGAUGUCACCUACACGGUAGACGAAGCCGGAGAGGUGACUGAAGACAUCAUCGAGAUUAAUCCUUUUACUGGAGUUGUGAGUGUCAAAGAGAGUCUUGUCGGCAUGGAGAACAAGAUCUUUAACUUCAAAGUCAAGGCUCGGGAUGGCAGCCUUCCCUUCUAUAACUCCACAGUCCCUGUUCAGGUCAAAGUGGUUCCCCCUGAGGUUCCUCUACCAAAGUUUUCAGAGCCUCUCUACACCUUCUCAGCUGCAGAGGAUGUACCUAUCGGGACAGAGAUAGGCUCUGUAAAGGCCAACUCCAACAUGCCACUCAUUUACAGCCUGGUGAAUGGGAACACUUUGGAGAGCAACAAAGACAAAGUGUUCAGUUUGGACAAAGAAAGUGGUACUUUGCUGGUGCAGAAGUCCAUUGAUCACGAAAAGACCAAAUGGUAUCAGAUAGAUGUUAUCGCUCAGGGGAACCACAACGGGACUGAUGUUGCAUCACUGGUGUCUGUCAGCAUCCAGGUCCAAGAUAUAAAUGAUAACCAGCCGGUGUUUGAUGCAAAUCCAUACAGGGCCUUCCUGGCUGAGAACAUGCCUGCUGGAACUACUGUUAUUCAGGUGACUGCCAACGACCCGGAUACAGACACCAACGGUCUCGUAACCUACACCUUGGAGUCUCUACCUGAUGACAUAGCAGACAUCUCUGAGGUAUUCUCCAUUGACGGAGAGAGCGGCUGGAUCACCACCAUUCGAAUGACAGACUGCGAGUCGACCAGAGUUUACAGGUUCAAUGUGGUGGCCACUGACCACGGCGGCGAUGUCAAGCUGUCGUCCAGCGUCCUGGUAGAGGUGACAGUGACUGACGAGAACGACAACCCGCCAAAGUUUACUGAUGAAGUGUACAGCGGCUCAGUGGUGGAGAACAGCAGUCCAGGGGAGGUCCUUGUCUCCAUGACAACCAAAGAUGCUGAUGUGUCACUGGAGAACCGCCUGGUGACGUGUUAUAUCACAGAUGGAGACCCUCUGGGUCAGUUUGCCAUCAUCCAGGAGGACGAGGGUCAGUGGGGUCUGAUCCUGAAGGAACCUUUGGACAGAGAGACCAAAGACAGAUACACACUCAGAGUCACGGCCACAGACGGGAAGUUUGAAGCGCCUGUUACUGUGGACGUUCACGUGCUGGACAUCAAUGACAACAUACCUCUGUGUGAACAGCUGGUGUACACAGAAGCGGUGAUGGAAAACUCGCCCUCCAGCAUGUUUGUGCUGAAAGUGUCGGCUUCGGAUCCAGACAUGGGAGCUAAUGGGCAGAUCUCCUACACCCUCCACGGUCCAGACUCAGACAAGUUCCAUCUCGACCACAGGACAGGUGAGCUGUUCACUCUGGCUGUGCUGGACAGAGAGAAGAAGGUCGACUAUAACCUGGUGGCCAAGGCAACGGACGGCGGGGGGAAGUCAUGUCAGGCAGACAUCCUGAUGAUGGUCCAGGACAUGAACGACAACCCGCCUCACUUCUCCUCCAGCCACUAUGAGGUCACCGUGUUCGACAACACAACCGUCAGGACACCCAUCGCUGUCGUGUACGCUAAAGACCCGGACACAGGGAUAAACUCGGAGGUGAAAUACUCCCUCCUGGCAGGAGACAGCGGCUAUUUCUCUCUUGAAGAGUUUUCCGGGAUCCUGCGGCUGGAGCGACCCCUGACUCCAGAAACUCCACCCACCUUUGAGCUGAAGGUGAAGGCCACCGAUCGCGGCCUGCCUCGUCACCUCUACUCUGUCGCCACAGUGACAGUGGACGUGGUAUCCCUAGAUGACUACCAGCCCGUCUUCCUGAGCUCAGAAUACACCGCUCAGCUCCCAGAAUCCUUGGCGGUGGGAUCAGAGGUGCUGAGCGUCUCCGCCCUGACGAGAGACGGAGGAGGGCCGGACCCCAUUAGGUAUCGCAUCGUGUCGGGAAACGAGGACGGACGUUUCCUGCUGGACUCACGGACAGGUCGGCUGACCCUCACUGCUCCGCUCGACUUUGAAGUUUCCCGUGAGCACUACCUGUCCGUGGAGGGGAGUCGUGGCAAGUCGUCCCUCAGUGACAUCACCACGGUGAUCAUCAACGUCACAGACCUGAAUGACAACGCUCCGGUGUUCGGGCGAGGCGACUACAGCACCGAGGUAUCAGAGGAUCUGACACCAGGAAGCCUGGUGAUGAAGGUGACAGCCACUGAUCUGGACGGUCCAAUCAACAAUCUGCUGCGUUACUCCAUAGUGAGUGGAGACCCUCUGCAGCAGCUCUCCAUUCACCCUCGUAGCGGAGAAAUCACCGUCCGCACUGCACUGGACAGAGAGGAGAUCCCUCAUUACUCUCUGACGGUGCAGGCUGCAGAUGAAGGCAAUCCCUCCCUGUCCUCGGCCGUUCUCAUCGCCAUCACUGUCACCGACGUCAACGACAACCCGCCUGUCUUCUCACAGGUCAACCACAGUCUGCUGCUGCAGGAGGGAGAGUCAGUCGGCAGCACCAUACUUCAGCUCGUGGUGAAGGACAUUGACACGCCCAGAAACGGUGCACCUUUCUCCUUCCACAUUGUCAGCGGCAACGAGGACCGCCGUUUCCAUGUCGACCAGGGAGGCCUGCUGUCGCUCUCUGCUCCUUUGAGAAAGAAGGUCAAACACAAUCAUCAGCUCAAGAUCCAGGUGACAGACAGCGGCCACCCUCCCCUCUCCUCCAUCUGUGUGGUAAACAUCAAUGUCACUGAGCAGAGCAAAUACCCCCCCACGGUGGUGCCUUUGGAGGUCUUCAUCACGACAUCCGGCAGCCUGUUUGCCAACAGGGUCAUCGGCAGGCUCCACGCCUCAGACCAGGACCUGCAGGACGUCCUGACCUACAAGCUGGUGUCAGAACAGGGCAAGUUCUCCGUCGACCUCACCGAUGGUAAAAUCUGGGCGGAUGAAAACCUGGAGGAGGGCUCGUACUCCCUGAACGUCAGCGUGACUGAUGGGAAGUUCAGCGUCUGGACCGGGGUCAAAGUCCAUGUGUGGGCAGCUGAUCAGAGGUCGCUGGACUCCGGCCUGACCCUGCAGCUGGUCGGUUUGACUCCAGAGGAGUUUCUGGGAGAUCACUGGAGGGGACUCCAGCGCAGCCUGGGACAGGCUCUGGGUUUACCCCGACAGGAGCUUUACCUGGCCAGCCUGCAGCAGCUACCUGAGGCCCAGGUCCUGGAGGCCUUGCUGAUCUGGAGACCACAGAGUGGACCAGGCCAGUCUCUGCCAACCGGCAAACUCGCAGGUAUAAUAUCAGAAAUGGAGGACUCUCUGGGCCUCAGCAUCCUCAGGGUGAGCCACAACGGGUGUCUGGGUACCGGCUGCCCGCCCCGAGGCUGCAGGAACGCCGUCCGACUGAAAGGAGAAAGACUGAGCCAUUUCACCACCGCCCGAGCCGGUUACAUCACCCCACAUCACACCUGGGAGAGCAUCUGCCCCUGUAACGAGUCAGCUGUGAGGUUUGAUGGUAAAUCUUACCUGAAGUACCUUCACAGGAUGGACGAGGACGACCAGGAAUUCAAACUGUCGCUGAGGUUUAAGACUUCCCAGAAACAAGGCCUCAUUGUGUCCACCAACAGCACCAAGGACUGGGGAACUUUACAGCUAACAGAUGGAGAGCUGCAGUUCAGGUUCAGCUGUGGAAACACCUCCCCUGGUUCUUUACUCAUCGGAUCCGCUGCGGUGUCGGACGGCCGGUGGCACAGCGUCCUGCUGGAGGUCAACUCCUCCGCCCUGAGGCUGACCCUGGACCAGCAUCACCCGGCAUUCGCCCCGCUGACCGAGCCGUGCAGGAUGAUGGGCUCCCACGGGACGCUGCUCUUUGCUUCUCUGACUCAAGGCUCUGCUCCUGAGGGCCACCAGCAUCCGUUCACCGGCUGCCUCGAGGGCCUGGAGCUCAACGGGGAGCCGAUCAGAGUGGGUGACACAGAGGAGUGGACCAGGCCGGGGAGCAGGAGGGUGUUUGGGGUGUAUCAGGGCUGCAGCCAGGCGGGAGCCUGCGACAACAACCCUUGUCAGAACGGAGGGGUCUGCGAAGAGGACGCCAGGGGAGAGCCGCGCUGCAGGUGUGCAGGACUCUUCCACGGCGCCCACUGCGAGCUCCCUGACAACCCGUGCGCCUCCCAGCCAUGUGCCCACGACAGGGUGUGUGUACCCAAGCCUCAGGGUUACAUCUGCAACUGCUCGCUGGAUGACACUGAUGCACGGUGCCAUAAUCAGAUAGAAGAGUGUUCACCCAACCCGUGUCCCGGAGGCUAUGACUGUAAAGUCACUGACGGCUCCAUCCACUGUGACCCGCUGCAUCAGGUCUCGCCAAUGAUUGGCUACAUGGAAAUCAUGGAGAUCAGCGUAAGUGUGCUUGGAUUACUCCUCUUGGUUGGCAUCUUUGUUUGCAUCAGGAAACGUUACGUUCAGCAGAAGAAGAAAAAGCCCGUCUGUGUCCAGGAUUCCAAUGGCUAUUUCCAGCCCAGUCUGACCAAAAGCCUCAAAGCUGACAACCAUGAAGGGAGUCCUAUAGAGAUGAGCUCAAUGGUGGGUCCCGUCAACGACCUUGACCACACACCAUUCAGGUCACUUCGCCCACGCAGCCAGAUUGGACCGUCAGGAGGCGGGGUUUCCUCGACAUAUGGGCCGGUCGUGUGCAGCGUAGCCCCCAACCUCCCUGCCAGGCCGCCAUCCAGCUCCGACAAUGAAUCGAUCAGGAAGAACCACUGGGACAUGGACUAUGAAGUGUAUCCUGCAGAUCCUGACUACUACGGCCGCCCCGUGGUCCAGGACUUUCCCCAGUUUGACAUCGUAGAGGACACCUACUCCACCUCCACCUCGGAGUCGCGGAGGAACUCCCGAUUUGGUGGCUUCCCGUUCCCACUGGAACGCGUUGACCGCCGCGCUCCCCUUCCCCCCUGCUACAGCAACCAGAACCUGGAUGACUUCCUGGGUCCUGACGGGCUUCCACUUCCCAGCUCCCAGUGCCCCAACGAGUACACCGCCAUCAGCUACUACCCCACCAAACACGCUCGAAGCCUCGACAACGUCUCGGGGGGCUACAAGAGACUCAGCAUGCGUCUGAGUGUGGCUAUGCCUUCGUAUGCAGAACAGGCCAGCACUCCGCCACCUGCGGCAAAUCCCGCCCAGCCUCAAACCAGGCCGGCGGUACAGAACCCGCGGAGCUAUGACGGGUCGAGCAUGGUAGAGAGCGAUUACGGGAGUUGUGAGGAGGUGAUGUUUUGAGGAAAAGUUCUGCGAUUACUCACUUUAAGUUUCACAAGAGAACGUCAUGAUACUCCACUCUGAGGCAGCUUUGUAUUUACUUCUUAGAUAAGACUCUUUGAAACUAAACAAAACAGCAGUUCAGAAGUCUCUAACCAUCAGAUCGGACUGUUUCCCCCCCUCUGGUGGAGAUAAGUGCCAUGUGAAAUAACAGUUCAAAUGUCUUUCAUUUAUUUGACUUCUUAAAGCAGCGUUGUCUUUCCACACCAGACGGUUAAAUCAGGACCUCACCGGGUUACCUCUGAGAAAGAAGUUCAACAGGAGUUCAUUCCUUUGUGUGAGAGAAGCUGCACAGAGCACUCGUUAACUUGCCUCAGUAUUACUGACUCAACUGUGACCUUGUUUCAAAGUCGAAAAAGGCAAAAUUCAAAGACUUCUUUUAAAGCUUCGACACGGGAGAUUCUGACUCACAAAAGGAUCUGCUUUUAAAAAAAAAACAUGUCUAAACAGCAGUGGAGCAAACUGUACCUUCCUGCAUUUCACCUUCUCACACACUUGUCUAACAAGCUAACACAGCUAACAACAUCAGUUACAGCUCUGCCAAACAAUGAUAAUGGUUUGUUUACGAUGCACUGUAUGAUUCUAUUGAACGUGAGACUGCCAGCACGGUCUGAAAACACAGUUGCCAUGGCAUUGGCCACCGUGACAUUCAGACGGCGACGCUCAUUCCAGAAAAGCCUUUCUAAUGAAAUCCUGAUAAAGAGCUUUGAUGCCGACUGUUGCAUCUUUUGAAAGGUAAAUCAGCUUCGGGGGUUUAUCACCAUCUCCACAUUCGGCCGUGUGUUUGUUUUCAUGUGAAAUGUAUUCCCUUGUAAAGUAGCAGAAAGAAAGACAUACUGAUUUAAAAAGUGUCAAACACUGACCCACUAUUUCAAAUCUCAGACAUAUUCAAAGUGACACAUUUCAUGCAGGAUAAACAUUUCAUUGAACGCUUGAAUCUGCUUACUGUUGCUGUUGUGUAUUGUUGCUGUCAUUAUGGUGCAAUGAAGGGGGCUGGAUCCUCAUAAAAAAAAAAGAUAAAAGCCAUAAAGAAGAGUGGCGAGGUGACGUCAGUUGUCAUAUAGAUGUAUUUGAACUAGUGGUGUUACUAAUAUCUACACUGUCUUGCCAUUGCUGUAAAUUAUGUACAUUCUGAAUUUGUAAGCAUCUCCUUGUCGAUUGAAAUGAGUGUGAACUAGGUUACAGUAUUUUCCUGGUGUUUGCGAUCAAGUACAGCACAGCAGGGGUAUGCUGACCUUGAUGAUGAAAGGGAACACUUAAUGUGGAGGAGUCUUCGCAGUGGUGCAGAAAUGUCCAUUCAGCCAUUUUAAAUGGUGUAAAUAUGCAAGCCUCCGAUGAAAGAACAGCUUGUUUUGAUCACGAGCUCGUUGUUCAGGAUGCUGCAUUUUAAAUAGUGAACAUGCUAGAGUCCUUGUUUAACCUGAACAGCAUUUUUCUAAAUAACUGUUUGACAGUUCAGAGCCACGAUGAGAACAAAUAAGUUCAGAACAAAAUCACUUCAUUAACCUUCCUUGUGAUUAAUAAUUUAGAGCUAAUCCAAUGAUUACAUGCCACUUAUCUUCUGUUAAGAGUUGGGACUGGUUUCAUUUUAGGGAAAGUAAGCAAUAGUUCAUCAUUUUCAGAGCCCAACCAUUAUGGGAUUCAUAAGACUGAUUAUCAGUAUAAUAUGGGGACCCAUUAAGGGAAUGUUUAAGCUUCAGUCAAUCUCUUCUGCCUGGUUCUAGCAUCUUUUUUGACUCUGUAAAAGGUUCUCAGAGAGAUGCUUUAAUAAUCGGUCAACGGUAUAAUUCAUUUAUUAAUGUACACAAAUGACACCGCUAUGCUACCUGCUCUGCUACAUGUGCAGGUGUUGGUAUUCUAAGCAAUUGAGUUGUCUGUAUUCCAUGAUCUGUUAAAAAAAAGGGUAUAAACUGUGCAUGUCAGAAAAGAUAUAAAUGAUGAUAAUGCACAUCUAUCUGUUUUAGGCCCGUAUUCUGCCGACCAACAUUUCAGCUCUAAUCUAUUGUAUUUUCAAUUGCUGUUUAUUCUGUGAAAGAUGAGUUUGUUUAACAAUUCAGUUUUGAUCAAAUGAAAAAAGUCAUUUGUGGUCUGUUACAAUUCAGUGAUUCUCAGCUUUGCAUACUCAACUAAAGUCCCCAAAGAAACCUACAAUGGAAGCCAUGGCUUGCCCUUUGUAAACUUGAGGUCAACCACUCGUAUGUAUAAGCAAAGCUACAGAACGCUACAUGCAUUAUGUAUUAUUUGACACAGCGAGUGUAAUGAAAACAGAUGUGUCAGCAGAUGUUUCGAUUUAGCCACUCAGACGUCUAUUCGUCUUGUCUAUAUUCACACAUGGAAGCUCAAAUCCUUCUCUGACUAUAAAAACUGAUAUCAGCCCACAAUUAUACUGUUCAAACAAAACAAAAUCCCUGAUCAGGUCGUUUGUGAAUUCCAGCACAGAUAGACGGCCCAAGAGAUCAGAUCUAUUAAAAUACAUAAACAAAUCAGACUUUACUGCUGUUUGGACAGUUUGCGUUUUGGCAAAGCACAUGGUAAAUGUGGACACAGUGUUAACUGCUGCUGCCUCCAUGUAAACGUGCUGUGGAUGCAGAUGGUGCUUGUAAUAUCAAAGCAUGCAUCAACUGAAUUUUUACACAGCCCUGCAUGGCUGCGGGGAUAAACAAAACAUUAGAAUAGUAUUUGUAAGAAAAAGGCUUUCUGCUAACAUGAAGGUGUUUGCGGACACUGUUUUUAUUCAAGCUGGACUGGAUUAGUUGGAAAAAUGUGUUUCUCUGUGACUCAAACAUAAUGUCCUAGCAACCAAAUCUCUCAUAUCCAGCACCGCCCGUCCAUGUAGAGAUGAUGUAAACAAGGCUCCGGCAACAGCACAGCUGGCAGAAUUUGUGCUUCACACUCACUGCUGUAUUUAUGCGGAAAAUGUUGCACAUUCUUCCUUUAAAGGUAAACUCCCGCACACUGUCUCACUUGGCAAAGUUACAUACUAGGACCUCAUCAGGGACACCGUUUGCCUGAUGAAGGUCUGGCACAGAUAAAUGUUUGUUUGCAAGUAAGACAGUGUGUGGGAGUUUACCUUUAAGAUUUAGAUGGAUACAUCGCCCUCCUAGCACCAGUCUUAUGAAAUGGAUGUGCAAAGAUAUUUUCUCUUUGUAAGUGAGAACUGACAUUAGUGAAAGAGCUGCUAAAGUAUAGUAUGUAUUACAGCAGCGUGAGUAAGAUAUGGCUCGGCUCGGACAAUAUCAACUCUUUAUUUCGGUUUUGAGCUUAUUUUACAAACUGCGUGUCACUGAAUCCUGAAACAGUUAAACAGCAAAAGUGUAUGCUGUGGGUAAAUGUACAAUGUCUGUUUAUCACUGAUUGCCAAAAUGUGAGUUUUGUUUUAGAAAGAGCGUUGUUUAGGUCCUCUGUGUAUAAAAGAGACUUUAUAAUAUUCAUGUAUGGUAUUGUAAAUAGAUCUUUAGUUGUUAGUUGCUGUUGUAAGUUGUUGUUUGUGCAGAAUGUGACUUCACUUGAAUGUAAGUUACCAAUGUUUAGUUUUUAUUCAUAAAGUUUAUUUUUGUAUCAAUGUGGGAUGCCCCAUGUUUUGCUCUGUUGUUUCUCUGUGAGAGAUUUUAUUAAGAUGCUGUCAUUCAAUUUUGGUUUUCAAUAUUGUAAAAAGAAUAUGAAUAAAGAUUUUAUCUAUAUGAACACUGA